CUUCGGCUCCCCGUCUCAUUCCUCCUCCUGUCACCUCUGCGAGCGGUUGGAAGUUUCGUGAGCAGAACAAGAGCCAUGUCUGUAAAGGUUGGAGAUCAACUUCCUAAUGUGACGGUGUAUGAGGGGGGGCCUGGGAACAAGGUCAGCAUCAGAGAUGUGUUUGCUAACAAGAAGGGGGUGCUGUUUGGUGUCCCGGGGGCGUUCACUCCUGGCUGCUCCAAGACUCAUCUGCCGGGGUACGUGGCUCAAGCAGCCGAGCUGAAAUCCCGCGGUGCAGCAGUUAUUGCCUGCAUCUCAGUCAAUGACAUCUUUGUGAUGAGCGAGUGGGCAAAGGCAUAUGAUGCAGAAGGGAAGGUUUGCAUGCUGGCAGAUCCCUGUGGAGAUUUUGCCAAGGCAUGUGGGCUUCUUCUGGACAAAAAGGAGUUAUCAGAAUUAUUUGGAAACCAGCGUUGCAAAAGAUUUUCUAUGGUAGUUGAAGAUGGAAAAGUUAAAGCCAUUAAUGUAGAGGAAGAUGGGACUGGCCUGACCUGCAGCCUCGCAGGGAACAUCAUGUCUCAGCUUUAAGAGACAACUGCAUUGUCAUCAAAUAAAUGUGACUGCUCUCUGUUAGAGGAAAACACUAUGAACACUCUUUGCCUAUGUUACAGAAAUAUGAAAUAAAUAAUAGAUAUAUGAACA